ACAAUGUUCCUUCUGGACAAAUUGCAAGAUUUGAUUUUUCACUUGAUAUGCUUGUUACUAUGACACUGUUAUAAUAUAAAACUUAUAAAUAGUUGUACUAUAAAAUUAACUAUAAUUGGUGCCAAUGUCACAUGUCUACCUGUAUGAAGAAGGUUGCUUAUUCCCAUUUGGUGAUAACCAAGAUAUAUUUAAUUUUAAGGAUUUAUAUAUGUCAUUAUCAUUUAAAUAGUUUUCAUCUUUUAAAGUAUAUACUGUGAUGUUUUUCACAUUGCCAACAAAUUUAUCUGUAUUUGAUGCCCAUAAUAUGUUAAUAUUAAAAAUAAGAAAAGUCACAAUAAAUUGUAAAAAAAAUGAUGAAGUUUGAGAUAGCAUUUGUUGUCAAUAAAACAAAUAAUGAAAUAAUAGAUAUCAGAUUAGUAUACUGUUCUGUUUUCUUACUAACUAGUAGGAUUUACGUACUUCAAAAUUUGAUCUAAGUGCCUGAGAAAAUCUUAUCUGAUAAAUUGUACGUUAAGGGGACAAAGAUUUCUUUAACAAAAUCUUUGAUAAGAUUAAGAUCCAUUUAAUUUUAUUUUAUAUCAUUUUUAUCAAAUAUUUUAUUAUAUUCAUAAAAAUUCUCUUUCAAAUAUAUUUCAAUGUAAUUAAAUAAUAAAGUUUUCAAAUGGCCUCGGCUGCGAUGACCCCGGCUGAAGAUGACGAGUUAACACUUCCUCGUGCAUCCAUUAAUAAGAUGAUCAAGGAAAUAUUACCACAUGUACGCGUUGCUAAUGAGUCACGGGAAUUAAUCUUAAAUUGUUGUACAGAGUUCAUCCAUUUGUUGUCUUCUGAAGCUAAUGAAAUAUGUAAUCAACAACAAAAAAAGACAAUAAAUGCAGAGCAUAUUUUGCAAGCACUUGAAAAACUUGGUUUCGGCGAUUACAGUGCAGAAGCAGAAGCUGUUUUAAGAGAUUGUAAAGCAGUAGCAGCUAAGAGAAGACGUCAGAGCACUAGGUUAGAAAAUUUAGGAAUUCCAGAAGAGGAAUUAUUGAGACAACAACAAGAACUCUUUGCAAAAGCAAGAGAAGAACAAGCUGUUGCUGAACAACAACAAUGGCAACAAUUACAAGCAGUUGCACAAAUGACAUCAAUGCAACAAACUGAUAGCGAACAAGAAGAUUAUUCAUAAGAUACAAUACAGAAAUUAUUCAAUUGAUUAUAUGUGAAGUUUUCCCACAAUUUAUUAUAUCAAGAAAUAUAAAAAGGAAAAUAGGAGAUCUUAUUUUUAAUAAAAAUAAUAAAUGUAUAAUGGCAUUUUUCAAGUACCUUCAAUUCUGUGAUUUAUUUUCAAUAUGGAUUGAAAUAUAUAAUUUAUAUUAGUACAAAUUAUACUUAUUAAUAGUGCAAAAUAAAAAUGUAUUCUUACUAUUAUAUUACUUUUAUCAUAAAUCUUCUGUUGUUAUGAAUAUAUCAUUACAUUUUAUGGCAUUAAUCUUCCAUAUUCUGAUGACAAAUGACUUUUCUUUAUUGCCUCCAUGACUUUUGAAACAUAGUGAUACCUACAUACAAAUAUUAAUGUAUUACGUAUUCUAUAUUUUACUAAAUCAAUAUAUUAUGGAAACUUAUGUAGAUUUUUUAUAUAAUUUGUCUUUCCUAUAAAUUUAUUUACCAAUUUUUUUCUGUUAAUGUAGAUGGUGUCAUCGGAUGCCUUGAUACCCCAUGUAUUUUCAUUCUUAAUUGUUCGAUCAGUCUUUUCUCAUUUUCUUGCACAUUGUAUUCAUCUACGAUUAUGAUAUAUGAUAUAAUAGAUACAAAAUAAAUAUUCAUAUUAAACUACUUAAUUAAUAAUUUACCUUCUGUUGUAAUUAAUGGUAUUAAAAAUAAAUUCAAACCACUUUCAACUGAGCCACGACUCAUGUCUAAGCCACUGUGAGUUUGUAAUCUGGAACUGGCAAAUACUUUGUUAUAAAAUUCCUGAAAAGAAAGUAAUAAAAUGAUAGAAUAUCUCAUAAAAUACUCCAAUAAUGUAUUAUAUUACACUAAUAAAAAAUACCUUCAUUCUGCCAACAGUACUUGGCAUAAAA